AUGGACAGGUUGGAGAUGGUGUGCCUGCACGCAGUGCUGAUCCCCGUGCAGUGUGUCGCUGCCGUGACCUGGCUGUACCUGGCCAAGCAGACCUCCCUGCAGGUGUCCCUCCAGGACCCCAGGGGCUGUGAUGGUCUGAUGGGGUUGGUAGAAGAGCAGAUCCGCAUUUGCCAGUGGCAGGUGGAAGCCAUGGAUGCAGUGAAGCAAGGUGUGGAGCUGGCUGUCCGGGAGUGCCAACACCAGUUUCACUCUCGCUGCUGGAACUGCUCCACCCUGCAGGGGCUGCAGGUCUUUGGCAAGGUGGCCGUCCAAGGCACAUGGGAGGCUGGUUUCAUCCACGCCAUCUCUGCUGCUGGCAUUGCUUUUGCUGUGACUUGUGCCUGCAGCCACAGGGAGCUGGAGAAGUGUGGCUGCAACUGUAAUAUCCGAGGAGCCAGCCCUGAAGGUGAAGGAGAAGACUGUGGCCCGAAGGGGGUGGCGAGGGAAAGAUCUAUGGGAGAGACUGUCUCCAGGGAUGGAGACAUAUCCCUUCUCCACAACCCUUUGGGAGAUCCUGAUCUCCUGACCCACAUGAAGGUGGAGUGCAAGUGCCAUGGUGUGUCAGGCUCCUGUGAGGUGUGCACAUGCUGGAAGGUCAUGCCUUCCUUCCACGAGGUGGGGAACGUCCUCAAGGAAAAGUUUGAGGGGGCAACAGAGGUUUACCCAAAGUGGGUCAGUUCCUGCGAACUCCUGGUGCCCAAGAGCUCUCGCUUCAAGCCCUACACGGCUCAUGACCUGGUCUGCCUGUUGGCCAGCCCAGACUUCUGUGAUUGGGACCCCCGACACGGGGUCUAAGGCACCUCUGGCCGCCAGUGCAACCAAACAUUCCUGGCCAUGGAUGGCUGCAAGCUCCUGUGCUGCGGCAGGGGCUUCCACACAGCCCAGGUGGAGGUGGUGGAGCUCUGCAGCUGCAAGUUCCACUGGUGCUGCUCCGUCAAGUGCAAGCAGUGCUGGCACCUCGUGGAGGUGCACUGAUGCCACUGAGGGAGAGCGUGCCAGGGCAGCAAGAGGUUGCCAAGGGACUGCAAGGUCACAGGGAGAGGCCAGCCCAGGGAGAUGUCCAGAGGUGUCACCAGCUCCUGAGUGCUCCCCACACAGCACCCUCCCGCCAGCCUAAGUGGGCUUUCUGUGGUUUGAAUUAAUUUUCUGGGUGGAGGGUUGGAGGACACAAGC